AUGCUCUCCUCAUCAGCCCCCAACUCUCUCUACCUGAGUCUCUUCCUCUUUCUGUCGUACCACUCCCCUGUUCUCUCCUGUCAGGUUGGGAAUCGCAGUCAGUGUGACUCUGCUCCCUUCGUGCCAGGCUACAACCUGGUGGGGGAGGGAUUUGAUAUGGUCACCUUGCGGCGAAAAGGGUCAUACGUGGUGGAUGUGAUGACCUAUCUCACCCCUGAUGACACCUGCACUCUCUGCUCCAGCCCUCUUCUUGGCAACCAGCUGUACAAACUGCCAGUCUCUGCAGUCGACUGGCGUACAGACAGCAGUUUUGAAAUCAAAAACAGCGGACACAUCUCUAUUAGCUCACUGGUUGGCACUUACAUGUCCGAGGACGUUCCUGACUGGAAGACUGCCCUGAAUUUAGAUCCAUCUUUGCACUCUGGUGGGGCGGUGGAAGGAAAACACUCCACUGUUUACAACUUUGCCAAACGAAGAAGCAGUGAGGAUCGCUACAGCUUCAGCACACAGAGACUCUCCUGCAGUCACUAUAGGUAUCGGGUGUCAAGCAAACCUCCCCUCAGUUCAGAGUUCAGUAAGGAUUUGGCCGAUUUGCCAAGUUCCUACAACUCUAAUACCAAGGCUCAGUACAACCAGCUCUUAGUGAUCUACGGCACACACUACAUACGUCAGGUUUACCUUGGGGGUCGAGUCAGGCGAGUGACGGCUUCACGAACAUGUCUGUCCAGAUUGAACGGAUUCAACUCAGAUCAGGUUCACUCCUGUUUAUCACAGGGUUUCUCUGUGGGUUUGGGGAAGAUGGCAAGUUCCAACCUUGGGUCUUGCAGGCCAGUCGUGCAGAACCAGGGUGCAUCAGGCCAGUUCAGUGGUGGUCUCCACCAACACUACACUGAGGUGGAAGGUGGCUCUGGUUGGUCGGGGGAGUUUUCUCUCAUCAACGAAGACUCUAGCGGCUUCAACAACUGGAUGAGUACCCUGAAAGAUCACCCAGGUGUCGUUUCAUACUCCCUUCGGCCAUUAUAUGAGCUGGUAUCAAAUGAGAGCCAGAGAGCAGGAAUGAAGACUGCUAUUGAGCAGUAUUUAAAGGACAACGCAGUGAGAGACUCACACAGAGAACCAACUUGUGGUGGGUACAGUCCUAACUUGUCUUUCAACUGCUGUCCCUUGGCAACCCGCAAGGGGACCCUGAAGGUCACCAUGAUCCGAGCCUGGGGUCUGGCAGGAGAUGAUAUUGGCCCGACUGACAGCUAUGCUAAGAUCGAGUAUGGUUCCAUCAGGCGCACGACUCCUAUGAUCGAGUCAAACUCCCCCCGGUGGAACUCUUAUUAUGAUCUGGGCACGGUGGACACAAACGAAAAGUUGGUGGUCGAGGUCUGGGACGAGGAUAUUUACUAUGAUGACCUCCUGUUAAACUGUUACACAGUCGUGAAAAGUGGGACACAUACAAGGACCUGCUCUGACAGUAACUCUGGCUAUGAGGUCAAGUACACGCUCACCUGUGACCGUCAUCUGACUGGGGACAAAUGUGAGCGCUAUAAACCAUCUCCAUAG